AUGGCGACCGCGCACAUGCAACGGCCGUACCCGCCCAUCUACCACACGCCGCAGUCGAGCUCGCCGGCCUCCGUCGCCAGCCCGCAGACUCACGACCAGCAUGGCCGCUCCCUCUACGCCCAGCCGCCCAACCUCCACGGCAUGUACGCUGCCUACCCGCAGUAUCCCAUGAACUCCAUACACUCCUCGCCCUACGCGCCCCAUGGCCAGCAGCUCACCUCCCAGCCGCUCAUGAUGAGCCCCGUCUCGGCCCCGAUACACCAGCAGCCACCACCACAGCACCAGCAACAACACCAGCAGCAACACCAGCAACAACCACCACCACAACAAAUGCAUCAACAGCAUCCCAUGGGCAGCCCUCGACUGAAGCUCGAGUCUCGCCCGCAGCCGCCCUCGAGCUCGCCCAACUCCGGCGCGGCGCCAGGCCCCAUACCAGCAACGACUCCCCUCGUCGUGCGGCAAGAUACCAACGGCGUCCAGUGGAUAGCCUUCGAGUACUCUCGCGACCGCGUCAAGAUGGAAUACACCAUCCGCUGCGACGUCGAGAACAUCAACAUAGAGACCCUCUCGCAGGACUUCAAGACAGAGAACUGCGUCUACCCGCGCGCCUGCUGCACAAAGGACCAGUACCGCGGCAACAGGCUCGUGUACGAGACAGAGUGCAACGCCGUGGGGUGGGCGCUGGCAGAGCUCAACCCGUGUCUGCGGGGGAAGAGAGGCCUCAUCCAGCGCGCCGUCGACAGCUGGCGGAACUCGCAUCAGGAUCCCCGUCUGCGCAGUCGAAGGGUCAAGCGCAUGGCGAAGGCGAAUAAUAGAAAGGCUGUGGCCCAGCAUAGUUCGCAUCUCGCCAGUCCGCAGUCUGCUCUGCCUGUGCCGCCGGCCACCUCGACGGCCGUACACCACCAUGCCGACGGAUCGCACGAUGAUGUUAGCGGCACUGAAUACCGCCCACAAGCAACCACCACGUCUGCCCCCUCGACGGCUGCAUACAUGGACUCCAGACCAGCUCACGUCUUCCAGGGCGCAUACCCUCAGUACCCUACCUCAAACACCUCCAACGUCCCCUCCAUGGCUCCCCUCCGCGAUCCAUCCAUGGACCACUACAAGGCAGCCAUAGCAGGGACAAACUCCAGUCCUAACGCCAGUGCUAAACGCCCAUCAGACGACGACAUAGAACAGUCUCAAUUUCGCGACCUCCCAGAAGGCAAACGCCGAAAAUUCAUCCUCGUCGAAGACCCGCAACGCUCAUGCCGCGUGCGAGUCAAAGUAAUGCUCGACCAAGUCGACAUGAAAGAGAUUCCAGACUCGUAUAGGAAAAGCAACUCUGUUUUCCCCCGCUCUUAUUUCCCAGUUCAUUCACCCUUUGGUCUCUCCCGGCGAAGAGGCGAUAGGUUCGAUGCAGAUGACGACGAGUCUGCGCCGGCCGGUACCGUCGUUGCGGGUACUGACAGUGAGGAUGUAACUAUUGGUAGAACGAUGGUGCCUGCGCCUAUGAUUGAGGGGGAGGGAAGCAUAGCUGUUCCCAAACUGAGUAAGAAGAAGAGAGAUCGGGAGGCACUGCUUAAUGAUAUGGGGUAUCGUAUGAGUUGGGGGCAGAGCAGGGUGUUUGCUGGUAGGACUUUAUUCUUGCAGCGUUCUAUGGACGCAUAUCGCAAUAAGAUGCGUAACAGCAUGCUCACGGCCGGCCAUGAGGCGAGCGAGAUAGCGCCGUACUUUGAGACUCGCGUCGGGAAGCGCAGAUGGCUUGAACGAGGCAAGAAGGUCGUUGAGGCUGCCUCUCCCGCCGUCUUGACUGCUGCAUCUUCCAGGAGCGCGGAGGAGGUCGAGUAG